AUAAAACUUGUAGACCUUUCCUGCAGUCACUGAGGAGAUGGACAGCUCUUCUUCUUCUGGACGAUCUCCAUCUCCUACUGGGACUGUCUUCUUACCCCCUCCUAUCAUAUGGAACAGUCUCUACAAGCAGGCAGAGAUGGAGGUUCACUUCCCGAGAGAAGAGAAGAAGACCUAUACAGAGAAGGAAGCCCACAUGCUUGAGUUGAUGGGGAAGGAUCGAACGAUCCGAAACCAGAAGAAGGAGAUGGACAGACUUCAAGUGUGCCUCUGGGAGGAGGAAAAGAAGAAGAGGAAUGGUGGAACGGAGAAGGACAAGAUCAUUGAAGAAUUACAGUCUGAGACAGACCAUCUCCGAGCCCUUUUAAAAGAUGAAAGGAGGAGAAGAAGAGUUGAAAGGGGUUUAAUGAAAGAGUGGAAGGCUGAGAUCCUGAGACUGAGGGAGGCAGAGAGCCAGAGGGAGGCAGAGAGCCAGAGAGAGGCAGAGAGCCAGAGAGAAGCAGAGAGACAGAGGGAGGCAGAGAGACAGAGAGAAGCAGAGAGACAGAGAGAAGCAGAGAGACAGAGGGAGGCAGAGAGAGAGAGGGAAGCAGAGAGACAAAGGGAGGCAGAGAGACAGAGGGAAGCAGAGAGACAGAGGGAGGCAGAGAGACAGAGGGAGGCAGAGAGACAGAGAGAAGCAGAGAGACAGAGAGAAGCAGAGAGAGCCACAGAAGCAAUGGAGUACCAGAGAAAACUGCAGGAGAUCCACAGACUCAAACAACUGCUGGAUCUACUGAUGGUGGACCUACAACUGGCCCACGUAAGACAUGUCAUUGUUAUUAUUAAAAGGCAGUGUAUAUUUACCCAGCUGAAAAUGAAUAGUGGCAGACAGCGGUACGCUAACCUAAUGUUAACUUUUAUUCCUUUCCUUAACCCUUACCUUAACCUCACUGAAACUAUACCUAACCUUUACCUGAACCCAACCCUAGGUCCUGAACCUAACCUUCAUUUAUCUCAACCCCUAUGCCUUUCUUCUGCCGGUUGAAUAUCCACUUCCUUAUUAACGUCAUUACUGUUGUUGUUGUUGAUAACUGUAUCUGUGCAGGUUGUAAAUAGUUGCAUUAGUGAAGCAUCAUUUGUAGGAGUAAUUUCUACAAGCAUAAACAUCAGAGGCAACAUUGUUGUAACAUCACACAAAUUGUAACAGGAAUUCAUCAAACCCCUAACUGAAUGGGCAAGCAGGUUGUGUGUUUGUAUUUGUACACAUUUUGGACAUAAUUGAUUCCAUAAAAUGUCUCAUAAUUUUUUCAAACCAUGUCAAUACAUUAAUUGACAAUGAAUUGUCCAGAUGAAUUGAUCAACAUGACCCUGCUAUUGA